AUGAAUUUUUCAAACGCAUGGCUCUCGAAUCCGUUCAGCAUCGGCUUUUCGGAGAAGGCUCGCAACAGCACUGCGACGCUCUUCAACUCAAACAUCUUGAUCGACGAGCAGGGUAGGGUGCUAAAUCACCACCGAAAACUGGUAGCGACCUUUUUCGAGAAGCUGACCUGGGCGGCCGGUGACGGCUACGGGCUGCAUGUCGCGGAGACGCAGUUCGGCAAGAUUGGCGCUCUGAUUUGCGGUGAAAACACGAACCCACUCGCAAGAUAUGCUCUCAUGGCUCAGGGCGAGCAGAUUCAUCUCUCGACGUGGCCCGCUGUUUGGCCAACACGACUGCCGAAAGAUACCGCGGCUCACGGCAAGGCGAAUUAUGACAACGUUGCCGCCAACCGAACACGCGCUGCGGCUCAUUGUUUCGAGGCCAAGUGUUUCGGAGUACUUUGCGCUGGUGUCUUGGGUGAUGAUGCCGUCCAAGCCAUAGCGGACGGAGCACCGCAUCUUAAAGAUCUGCUUGAGCGGACCCAGCGUGGGGUCACCAUGUUCUUGGAUCCGACAGGGGCACCGCUACCCUCAUUCGUGAUCUCGAGAUCCAACGCUGUCGAAGCAAUCCCAAACCCACAAAUUCCCGGCGAUCCAGCCCCGUCGGUUGACGCGCUCUUUUCUAGGGUCAACAGGUUUGCGAAAACUCAUGGCUUCGGUGUUAUCAAGGCCAAUGAGAACGGUUUCCAGUGGACUCUCCAGCACUUUCCAAAUACAGAACAUCACCACCACAACCAUAACCCUAGUCCCGAUGCCGCUGCCCACCCAGUUCAUCGACGACUUAUUAGCCCUGUGAAGACGGUCGUCCGGAGCUCAAGUCGACGGAUUGGCAUUCGUGCGCGAGACAUUGGUGGCAUCGUCCGAGAUCACUUCCCAGAUUCGGUUUACACCCAGAGAGAUAUCUACAACGCCAGAGCUCGGAUUAGCAGAGAAAAUCUGGGUGGAUACAGCUCUACAGCUGCAUUGAUCAAAUUGUUCGACAAUAAGGAGAUCCCUUACGUUGUCGAGUGGGCCAGCGACGAACCCAACCGCGUCCUCAGUUUCGACAACACGUACAACACGAACCGCUUCAAGUUGCCGCUCUUCCAAGUUACGGGACAGACUUGCUUAGGUACAGUCUUUAACGCCGCAUUCGGGUUGAUCGACAAUGAGAGGCUUGAAGGAUUUCCGUUCCUUGCAAGGGGUGUCCGCACGCUCCUCGACCGAUACAGCAUCCGACCGCCCGACGUUAUUAUUACCGACUUUGACGACCAGAUGAAGAAGGCGCUAGGGUCCAAGCGGAAGUGGGUGUAUACCACGAGGGACAGCGCUGGCGAAGAGAGCAGCUCGGAUGAGCCCGAUGCUACCCUCAACCAGCGCGAUCGACAGGCAGCUGGUGGUGUUUGCAGAGACGGAACAGGAUCACGAGAAGGCCUGGAAGUCCCUCUGUAA